UACAUUGUCUGAUAAACGCUACGUUCAACUAAACUCAGCUAAAUACAAAGUCAGUACUGUACUCACAGCUAAAUAUAAAGUCAGUGCUCACUAAAAGAAGGGGCUGAUUGACUCCUCGGUCGCAACAACAGCCUGUUGACGGUCACGUGUCCAGCUGCCUGGCAACAGGGAUACAACGCGAGAGGAAAAAAAAUUUAAAAAAAAAAUAAAAACGCGUUAGUUUCACAUGUGUAACUAUCGUAUAGAAGAAUUUAAGAGAAGUUAAAAGAGCGUGCUAAUAUCUAUAAUAUAUUUUUAAUAUAAUAAAUAAAAUCCUAUAUUUUUCUCAGCGCUUCCGAAUAGUUAUGGGCGUUUUUUGCUCAGGUAAACCGAUCAUAUGGUAAUCUGAUGGGCAAGAACAGUAGACUAAUAGUUAAUGAGAUUAAUUUCAAGUGUUCUUAAUUCAGCUCUGUCAGCUUGCGGUGGGAACUCGCCUUUACUAGUCGUUUUGACAGCAAGAGUAAUUUUUUGUAGGUAGAAACUGGUCAUUUUCAACUUGCCUCAGAAUUUACGCUUAACGCGAGGCUCUUAACUUAACUUCGACACGGGAUGAGUUACCGGGUAAAAAGAAAGGGACUUUUGUACUAACGACACGCAACUAAGUUGGUUAAAAAAAAAAAUGACGAGUGCCCGCAUUUCCAUGGAGUUGCCCCCCUGCAUAGACAGCUCCAGGGCCCCGCUGGCCUUCGGAACCCGGGCUCUCCCGCAACUCACGGAGCAGCUGGACGACCCGGAGCCUGUCACGCGCCGGCGCGUGCUCGCCGCCCUCUGCGACCUCGUGCACGACCCGGAGAAGGCGUUCGAAGCCAUCAGCUCAGGUUGUCUAGAAAAGCUGAAGGCCUUGCUGCAGGAUGCAGACAACACAGUAAGGGUGAAAACCACCGAGGUUCUUUACCUACUGGCUGCUUAUAAUCUAGGCAGGGGGGCCGUCCUGAAGCAUGACGUGGUGGCGCUGCUGUCCGACAUGCUCGAUGAGCCAGUGGAUGCCUGUCGAAAGAACGUUCACCGAGUUCUGGAGCUGCUGGCACAGUUUCCUGCAGGGGCAGACUGUGUCCUCUCCUUGGGUCUGGUGCCCAGGCUGGUGAUGAAGCUGUCUGAGGAGCAGGAGGAGAUCCAGGCCCUCAUUUUGGCCACACUCAGUAGCUGCACGUGGGUUGAUGCCCUACCUGCCCUGGCCAGCAAUGGGGUCUCUGUGCUUCGAGACCUGCUUUCUCACCCGUCGUCCAACAUCCGCUGUGCUGCCACACGGGCUAUGGUCGCCAUCAGUGUCCCAGCUGAAGGAAAACUGAAGGUGUGCAACGAAGAUGUACUUCCAGUGCUGGUGGAAUUGUUGUCUGACAGUGACCCUGGGGUCAAAGCCAAUGCUGCAGGCACCAUCAUGAACACAGCCAUCAUCACAAAAGGUAAGCUCCAGGCCAUUAAGUCUGGUGCUAUUCCCCCACUUUUAGCCCUGGUGGACAGCGAAGACACAGCUGUGUGUGCCAACGCGCUCCGGGCUCUCACCACCCUGGCUGAGGUACCAUCCGCCCGCCUGGAGCUCUUGAAGCACGUGUCCUUGCUGGAGACACAUCUUGACCACCCCACCUCAAUCAUCAGCCGAGCAGCAGCCACCGCUGUCCGUGUCAUCACCUGGCAACCCUAGAGAAGAGCAUACAUAGCUGCUGCAGUUCCUUUCAGUAUUUUUGAACAAAAAUGUAAAAUUGGCAUGUUCCUUUUGCACACAAGAAAUUGAAAUUCACCUAAGACAAAUUAUUCUGAAUCAGAAGGCAACCUCCUAUUUUUAGAAUGUAUUUUUCAAACAGUUCUUUUAUUAUUACUUGAUUCUUUUAUCCAUGUAGCUGAUGCGCUUCUCCAGAGCAAAUUACAAUUUUUUUGCCCACCUAUACAGCUGGGUAACUUUUUUACAGGAGCAAUUCUUUGUAAGUACACUGAGCCCUUACAUAAUAGCAUCCGGUACAUCAAAAAACAGCUGCAGCAGCCUAUGGAAAUACUAUAUACCUCUUUUUAAUACAACCAGCUUAUGACCUUUUUUCCCAUUACACUUUCAUUAUACUUCCAGGUGGGUAUACCUUUAGUCAGUCAGAUUAUGAAAGACUGUGCUUGGGGGGCCAGAAUGAAAAUUUAGGGGGAGGGCAGGUUAUUAAAAAGAACAAUUCUGUCCCAGAGCAACACAGUUCCUGCACAGCUGAGGCUGCCUCAGAUACUGGUACAAAGCAGUUCAAUGGGGGAAACGAUUAUAAGAUGUGUGGAUAGUAAAAAUGAUAAAUAAAACAAAGCAAUUUUUUAUAUGUUAUUUCAAAAUGUAGUUUUUAGAGAAAACAAGUUACUCCGUAGGCUGAGCAGUUGCUGCAUAGCUUUCAGGCCAUCUGCAAAUUGGUAUAUAGGCAACUCCAUAAAAAUAAAAGUACUAUUACUAACACUAAGAAUGUUUCCCCUUUAUAAAAGCUGAUAAUAGCACUCACCUUGGAUGACUGCUGCAACAAGAUCCCCUGAGUCCAAAAACAUUGUUUAAAAUGAGUUAGAGUGCAUUUAAAAACCAGAUGAAACACAUGCUAUGUCUGAAGGAAGGCAAGAGAAAAGUGACUGUGUGGGGAGGCUUAGGUCUUUGGUGAUACUUUUGGCCUUUCUUAGAUGGCGUGUGUUGUAUAUAUCUUGUAUUGAAGAUUGUAGCUCCAGCAAUACUCUGGGCCAGCCAAGCACUAUGAGACCAGCUGACCCAGUUUUCAGCCAAAGUGUGCAUUGUGUUUAGUCUCCAAAAUUUCUAUGACUAUAGGUUUUGGAACAGCUCCCAUUAAACAAAUGAAAGAACUGAAAAAGUCAUUAUUUUGUUACAGGUCCCUUGCAGCCUUCUCUUAAUCUGUUUGAUGAACUCCUCUGCCUUUUUCUCCAUUUACAGAACAGGUCUGCUUAUAUAUCUCCAAAAACAUCCUACUGCUGCCAUCUUCAGUCAAGUUAUCAAUAAAAAACAUUGUCUGUUCCAGAAGCAGCCAUGCACACAUAAAGUGCUCAUGUAAAUUGUGAAAGGGUUGAGGAAAAACGUGCUUUUGUAAACCGGUAAAACAUUUAUGCAUAAAAAUACCCCAAGGUAAAGGGGGAUAUUCUAUGCUUUUCUUUCAUAUUUAUCUUUUGAGUGGAGAUACACAUUUCGUAGGUAUAAUACUGAAUAAGUUAAAAGAAAUACAGGAUACAGUAAAAGUCAUAAGCGACUUUUGGAGGGCACUGUAUCUUCUAUGGACAAAC